AUGGCCGCCGACGCGCGCGUCAGCGUCAACGAAGGCAGCGAGCAGCAGACCUCGAACCGUGCACUCGACAACAACGGCACCUCCGCCACCUACAAGCCGGCCAGCAUUCCGGCUCGACGACAUCGAUCUCAUCAGCGUCAUUAUCACGACUGCCACCGCCACCGCCCGCCGGCCAAGCUGAUCGCGCCAGCAGCCGGAGAAGGAUCAGAAGGCGUGUGGCUCCGACCUGGAAGAGAGGGAAGAGAGGGAGAGAGGUGGAUAGGUGGGUAG